CAGAGCUGUGGGUAGAUGGAGAGAGCCGCUGAGGCGAUGCCGAGCCACAGAUCAGUUCACCGCGGGCCGGAUCUCUGCUGCACAUUGCGCAGUGUAUGCGCCGUCAGCACAGUGGACUAGUUUGUCUGCGGUGAAGACAAACACACUGAGCGGGUCCUGCGUGACGAGGAUUUGGAUUUUUAACUCUCGUUGUUUCCUGUGUGACCGCCGCCGGACGGAACUUUUACGCAGGGGGGAAACAGCAGGUGAGUCUAUACGAGGCUACACCUGAGGGAUCGUUCUGAUCGCUGAAUUUGAAACCAGUUUGUAUUCUCCUCCCAACUCCACUUGUUGAUGGGGCACAGACAGGCUGUAUCCCGGCAGUCACAUCGCGGAGAUAUUCUUAUGCGUAAUUUGGAUAAAAAACUAAACAAACCCUGUCCGACGGCAGGGAGGCGGAAGUUUUAACCUGUGAGGUUUUGUAACAGAUGGUGGUGAUGUUUGGCGACCGGUAACAGCUCCUCGGCAUCAGAUCGUAUUACACAAGCUGCCGCCAGGUGAGCAGCGGCAUGGGGAACCAGAUGGACAAGCUGUCACAUUUAAGUUACGCAGAAGUUCCCACGGUGGACCCUAACGGCGUGGACACGGAAGAAGGUCCGCGGAUCGGCGUCUCUUACAUAUUUUCUAACGACGAUGACGAGCUGGAGGACGGCUGUGCGGUCGAUGGCACCGCCAGGGACCCGAAUCAGGAAGAGAAACAGUACGACCAGCGCGACGAGGUGGAGUGCGCCGUGUACUACAGAGAUGAAUGCAUUUACGAGAAGAGCGCCAAGUCCGCCAGCCUGGAGGUCUACUCCCCGGAGAAUCUGCUCAACAAAUGUAAAGCGGGGGACUUGGUGGAGUUUGUGGCCACCGGGCAGUACCCGCACUGGGCUGUGUACGUGGGGGACUUCCAGGUGGUGCACCUGCACAGAGCCGAGGUGAAAAACAGCUUCUUGACUGACGCGAGUCAAGGGAGGAGGUGUCGGAUCGUGAACGACUUUUACAAAUUCAAAGCUCUGAGUCCGGACAUGGUGGUGCAGAACGCCAUGGAGCAAGUGGGCUUGAAGGACCGAGAGCUGAGCUGGAGGAACUCCGAGUGCUUCGCAGCCUGGUGCAUGUUCGGCAAGAGGGAGUUCAAAAUGGGUGGGGAGAUACGGAUAGGCAAGCAGCCGUACAGGUUGAAAAUACUCAUGUCCGACAAACACUCGCACGUGUUGGAGUUUCAGAGUUUGGAGGACAUGAUCAUGGAGAAGAGGAGGAACGAUCACUUGGGCAGGACAGCCGUGUUGCAGGAGCUGGCCACUCAUUUUAGCAGCGUGGAGGAGAUAAAAAGUGAGCCCGGUGCUGACUGAUGUCUACCCCCCCCCCCGACCACCACCUCCUCUUUGAUGCGCUUUAGAUUAAUUGCUUUGCGAGUAGAGAAGCCUUGACCAAACAUAAACUGUUACACCCUGCUUUCAUCUAUAGCAAGCCUUCAUUUUAGUUUCCACUGGCACACACAUGCCAUCCCUUUCUCUUUUUUAAAUUAAGGUCCCAUGUUUUUCCACUUGAGUCUAUAACAAUGUUAUUGCCUUAAAUCCACAAUCCUCAACCUACUCUGAUGCUUAAUGGCCUUAGCAAUUAUGAAUUCAAUUAUCUGAGAGAAAAUGAAUUGAUUGAAUUAGCUGAUAGGCUUUGUUUUGUAGCUCCAACGGCCCCUCCACACAGAAUGUCUAGAUUUUUAUAAGAGCUUUACCCAUCUGUCUUAAACUGUCACGAUUCUGUAAGUAGAGUGUUUCGCCUAUUCACAGUGUGUCCUGUUACUUGAUCCUUGUGUGGUUUUAACUUUAUCCCUCAGCUCACCCAGACAGCAAAGUGUCUGAGCUGCUCUCUGAAUACAAGAAGGAUUCUUUCUGCCUUUAAGGGUAAUUCUCACACCAGCACAUCUGAAGAAAAUGUUGUGGAGCUGGUCUGUGUUACACUGAUCAAAGUCUGUCUUAACUGUACCCAAAGGUCGAGUAAACCAUCCUUGUCUCUUUUCGAAA